CAAACGCUUUGGGGGAAAGCGCGCAGAGCUGCGAACGUACUGGAAUGCAGUGAGUGUGCGGCCGGCUAUGGCAGGAUACCGGCACGGCUGGCACCGAUAGCCCGCCCGGGCCCCACUCAUACUCACUGUCACACUCCGUCUGCUGGCUGCAGAGCCGGGCCGUGCGCUGGGCGCUGAUUGGAUCUCUCCCCGAGGUACCAUGAGCACCCCAGCUUGCUGAGCCCCCCGGAGACCGUGACUGGCAGCCGAGCUGUCCAUGCAGGGAUGGAGGAGGCCGAGGAGGUAGAGGAGUACUAUGAGGAGGAGGAGGAUGGGAAGGAGUUCUAUGAUUUCCAGCCUCUCCCUACCCUGCUGGAAGAUGAGGUGAGAGAUUGGGGAGCACCUGCUGGGCACUCAGGGCAGGUAACCCGGGGCUCUGUGUGUGGAGGGAUGGAGUGCAGUAUGGGGGGAGUACCUGCUGGACACUCAGGGCAGGUAACCCAGGGCUCUGUGUGUGGAGGGAUGGAGUGCAGUAUGGGGGGAGCACCUGCUGGACACUCAGGGCAGGUAACCCAGGGCUCUGUGUGUGGAGGGAUGGAGUGCAGUAUGGGGGGAGUACCUGCUGGACACUCAGGGCAGGUAACCCGGGGCUCUGUGUGUGGAGGUAUGGAGUGCAGUAUGGGGGGGAGCACCUGAUAGACACUCAGGGCAGGUAACCCGGGGCUCUGUGUGUGGAGGUAUGGAGUGCAGUAUGGGGGGGAGCACCUGAUAGACACUCAGGGCAGGUAACCCGGGGCUCUGUGUGUGGAGGUAUGGAGUGCAGUAUGGGGGGGGGAGUACCUGUUGGAUACUCAAGGCAGGUGACCCAGGGGUCGGUUUGUGGAGGGAUGGAGUGCAGUAUGGGGGGGGGGAGUACCUGCUGGCACUCAGGGAAGGUAACCGGGCGCUUGGUUUGUGGAGGGAUGGAGUGCAGUAUUGGGGAAGUACCUGUUGGACACUCAGGGCAGGUAACCUGGGGCUCGGUGUGUGGAGGGAUGGAGUGCAGUAUGUGGGGAGUACCUGUUGGACACUCAGGGCAGGGGACUGGGGGCUCUAUGAGAAGGGAUGGAGUGCAAUGUGGGGGAGUACCUGGUGGACACUCAUGGCAGGUGACUCGGGGCUCAGUUUGUGGAGGGAUGGAGUGUAUUAUGGGGGGGAGUACCUGUUGGACACUCGGGGCAGUUAACCGAGGCUCUAUUUGUGGAGAGAUGGAGGGAAGUAUGGAGAGAGGAGAGUAACUCAAUGCACGGUUUGAUAUAAGACAGCUGGCCGUCAGGGUGUCUGGUUAUUGGAUUAUGGCAAGUUGGGCAUCUGCAACAUGUCAGUCAGUGGCUUUAGGUAGGGUGAGGGCAGCUGAUAUCUAGUAAUAGCUCUUAUGGUAAGUAAGUGGAUCUGAUGGACCCUGUUAGAGUGAAUGUAUCUGACAUCUGGGGGCAGAGAAACGUUCAACUAGUGGUGGAAAUUGGUAUGGUGAAGGAGACUGGACAUCUGGUGGUGCUGGAGCUUGUUGUGGUGAAGGAGACUGGUCAAAUGGUGGUGGAUAAGACAGAUCAUCUGGUGGUGCUUGAGCUUGUGGUGGAUAAGACUGAUCUGUUGGUGAUGGUGGAACUUGUGGUGUAGACUGGUCGUCUGGUGGUGGUGGAGCUUGUUAUGAUAAUUGCAGACAAAUCUCUCUUAGUGCCUGUUAUGCUGAAGACAACUGGUUAUAUUGUGGUGGUGCUUGUUAUGGUGAAGACGGCUAGUUCCUGUGUAGGAUGAAGUCAGACAGUAAUGUAAUUUGGUGGUAUUGGUUAGGUUGAAGGCAGCUUAUUUGGUGGCACUUUGUUUGAAGGCCAUUUUGUCAUACAGUGAAAAUGGCUUGAGGUACGUACUAGUCAUCCACUGAUACUGGGUUUAAAUGUGACAGUAGGACCAAUAGCACUAGUUUGUAAGUGUGGUUGUCUGUUAACAGCAGUUAUGGCAGCAAUCUGAAUGGCAGUAGAGAACAUUUUACCCAAUUUCUUUACAUUGUAUAGAAGUUUUAUCAAGAAAAAUAUUAGUAAUUUUACAGAUCACUAAUCCGUACAAUACUGUGGAAUCUGGGUGGCUAUAGCCCAGGCAGUCACCACGUCUACCACUAUAUGUUGUACUAUGUGUAUUGUAGUGGUGGCUAGCAGGUAGGCCUCCAGCAAUCUGUAUGUUGUCAGAUCUUCAUGGGAGUAGAUCCCUGGAUAGCUAAAUGUAAACUGUCCAUGUUAUUCUGAAAAGCUGGGCAGUGAAAUAUUGGAUAAAUAUGGCUGGUGACCACUAUGUCAGUAAAAUAACUGGAGAAGCACUGGUUUUGGGGGAUGGUGCAGAAUAAUUUUAGAAACACUGUCAUAGUGGGUGACAGACUCCAAAGCAGGGCUUUCCCGUGAUAUUUCCAGCUAAUUAAGUAUACUUUAUGUUAUGCAGUUGGAAACUGUCAUAUUUGCUGAUGUUUUCUCAGAUCACCACAAGUUAAAAAAAAAAAAAUGUGGCUUCAAACAUUAAUCAUAUUUAAGAUUAAACACAGCCUUAUGUCACACUGCAUAACAUUCUGUCUCCAUAUAUGUCAGUUUCCAAGUUCAUUAUUAUCUAAUAGCAUUGUGUGAUUCUACCCAAUUAAGUACGUAUACAUUUUUCUGAUUACAAUAAAAUGUAUCCUAUUUUGAUCAAUUUUUUGUCCUUUUUUUAUUUUUUAAUAUUGAUAAACAAUAAAUAUGUUGAAUACAUUGAAAUAUACUAUAUUCUUUAUCAGAGUGCAUAAAAGCAGAUUUUUUUUUAUUAUAAUGGGGCUAAUUAAAAAUGUUUAGAUUUAUAGGUAAGUGUUUCAAAAACUGUGUCACAGAAAGGGACAGGCAAGAAAACAAAAAAAAAUCCAAGAUGCAUACAAUGAGAAUUGUACAUUAAGUUCCUUUUACUUCUGUGUGUGUAUAUGUGUAAUUGGCAUGCUAAGCAUAUUUCUGGUUUCAUGUGAAUAAAAGUCCAGUUCUCAUCUUGGGUGCCUUUUAUAUAGGCUGGGUAGAUCAAUUGCUUGUUCUAUACAUUUGUUUGAUGAUCUCUCUCUGUGUGUGUCUGCCUUCCAGUCUUUUUUUUUUUUUUUUGUCUUUUUUUUUUUUUAACACAAUUUAGUUGCUAAACAGGAGUGUCAUUAGUUAAUAUAGUCUUUGAUUACAAAAACUGGAAAUGUACAAAAGAUGUAUUGCUCACGUUAACAGGGUUCUGCUAAUAUGCUCUUCUGGUAGAUAGAUGGCUCUUUACAUUAAACUGCUAGGCAGCAUAUUGUGAGCAUAAAGCAUGUGCACAAAAGGCACUCUUCUUGUUCAUUCAUUCAGUUACUCUUUCACGUCUCUGUGAUGACUUUGAAGGUGAAUACUUAUGAAAAAUGCAUACUGCCUUGUUAGUUUCUCUUCAACUUUGCAGAAUACAUUAUUACAGGUCUUUCAUAUGGAUAGAGAUUUAAUAAUAAUCCCAUCCCAUCUGUUUCAUUCAUGACAUCUCGUACAUUGCUUGUUUUCUGAUCUUCCCCCUUAACGAGUAACUGGGAUAUGAUAUGUGAUAAUUAAGGGAACAGUCUGUUGUAGUGGUUAUGGUGCCAGGAGUGCCCUGGCGCUCUUGCAAGAUAAGUAGCCAGAAUAUCUGGGAACAACUCUUACACUGAUAAGAGAAAUCCUGUUUUCACAACUAUCCCAUAGUUUCCUUGAUAUGCAAAUGAUCAGACAGGCAUCAUAAGACACAGCUUUUUAAAAAAUUAUAAAAAAAAUCCAUGGUUGAUGAUCUUCUAAAUGGACCAUUGACCAGAAAUCACCGAUGGGCUUUAGUUUUAACCUUGUGGGUCUCACCACCAUGGCACCGGUUCUGGAAGUUGAUGUCUCUCUAAGAGCAAGUAGUUUGGUAUCAGUAAGAUUGUGGUUAGGCUGAACACAAUAAAACAAAACCUCCCCCAACAUAUUCCACACCGCUUUACAAUAUUAUAAAGGGGGAAAUGUAACAAUAAAUGAGACAAUUACAAAAUGGUAAAGGAACAAUAGGUUGAUGAGGGGCCCUGCUCAAGUGAGCUUAUAUGUAGGGUGUCUAACUAUGCACAUACACUGGGAAAUGUAUAAUGACUGUUUUUAGGGUACAAGUUUCUUCAAUGAUUCUGUGACAUUAGAAGGGGCAGGAAGGACUCUGCUUCAAUAUCUUAACAAGACUCAGACCAGGGCUCGACAAAUGCCAGACAUCAGGUCGCCAUCAUCCAGAUUUUUGUCUACAUUGUAUUUCCAUUUUAACAUAAGGUUUACAGGAGAAGCAGCUACAGCCACAUUCCAUUAAAGAAGCUCAGUUACACCAAUUUGCUUAAAAAAUUGCAGCCUCUUUUCACUGGAGCCACCCACAUCUCAGUCUGCUAGUUGCAUACCAUGUUCGUGAUCAUAUCUAUGCAGUGGAUGGGGGAGCAAGGCCUGUAAAAGAGGACAGUCAUGCCGCCUAACUGUCCCACUUUCAACGGGGCAGUUCCAAUUUCGGAGUAUUGUCCCAAUUUAAUUCCCUGACUGAUGUACUGCAUCCGGAGACACUAGGGAACUCUCUCCAGACAACAGUGUGAGUGCAUCAUUAGACGUGCCGGUGCUGUGUAAUGGGCACAAGGACCAUACAGGGAGCACUUUAGCGCAGGAGGCUGUUUUUUUAACCUGGCAGGCUUAAUUAUUGUUAUUAUUUAUAUAGCGCCAACAAAUUCCGCAGCACUUUACAUGCCAGGCUAACACACCUCUUCAGUAGGUGGACCCACCUACUUUCCAGGUGGGUCUGCCAAUUUAGGGGCAACACUAGUGGUGUAAUUUUUUGACACCCCUUAACCCCCCAUACUGAUUCCAGCCCAGCCAAAAUUGUGAGGUAUGGCAUGGUGCCUUCACAGUCACCAGUCUCCACCUGCCAGAUACACCCAAUUGUACGUGAGUCUGUUUAAAAAAAAAAAAAAAAUACUUUUACGAUUUACACCUAUGUGUACACAGGCUUUCAUGACUACACAAUCACAUGCAGAAAAUAAGAGAACCAGAACACGUGCAAAAAUAAGUGGCAAAUGAAAAUUGGUAGACAUUAAAGGUUUUUUUUUUUUGUUUUUUAAUGCCAUCUGAUGAAUUUUCAGUAUUUAUUUAUGCUAAAUUGAUUACGCCAAGGAUAAGAAUCCUAUUGCUUUUCAAGCAGAUUGUUUAAUAUAUAACAUGUCUCCCAAUUUUAAAUUCACUUUGAAUUCCUGACAAAUUCUCACUGUAGUGCGUAACCCUGAUAGUAUUCAGCCUUGCUGUCAUUAAGUAUGUAGGUCAACAUAAAAGCUAGACAGUAGGUUACAGUGCACUUACAUCAAACUGGAUUGAAAGAAAUGCAUUCUAGGGUUGCUAGUAAUUAUGUUGGUGUGCACUUGCUAUUACUUGUCUCUUGGGCAGAGAUACAUCUGUAUAUUGAUGUCUUUGAGAUGUAACCUUAAAUAAUACAAAGUGUUUCCCCACAAAGAAUAAAUUGAUACUUGCUUUAUUUUUCAUCAGCACAUAAGCAGUGUUGCACAUUUAUACAACUGUCACCAUGUGAUUACAAAGAGGUAGAUAAUUUCAUCUGGCUAAAAGUUUGGCAUUUGCAGUUGUCCAUUUAAGCCUAGUGUUGUGGAGAUGAUGCCAAAACAGUAAACAUGAAACUGUAUUAAUCAGUGGGCAAUUUUAUCAUUGUUUGCUCAAUAUACCUUAGGAAAAAGGCACUGGGAAAGCUUUUUAGAAACAACUUUACAACCAUGGCGAAAGUUUUAUAUAUAUUUUUUUUUUCUCCUGACAUAUCAGGACCACUGUCACAUUUGUAUGCUAGAUCGGGCAUAAGAGUACAAAAUGAAAGAUGAUGCAAAACCACAGAAAAAGAUACCAUACUACUGUAUUGUGAAUUGCAUGCACAGAGCCCUUCAACAGGGCUGAAAAUUUCCUUUGGCCCUUUACCUAUUAGUGUGUGAAAAUUCAGCCCUGGUCAGUGUGCCAUGUCCAUGUUUCCAGUCUUGCAGUGGCAAGUAAUUCUAUAUUCUAUCGGGCAGUGCUCAGUAAGAUUCUCUUGUUAAUACAAACUUUAAAAAGAUCCUAUUUAACACUCCCAAUGUUCUAAUGUCCACACGAUUAUUCAUUUCUAUUCUCUAAGUGAUGCAAAGGCACUGCCUCACCACCUGUAGAAAAGAAGUUGCCAGGUGCUCAAUGCACGCUCUUGGCAGUCCGUAAACCAAAAUGUCCGUGUUGAGGUAGCAGAUGAUUGUUAAACCAUUCAGGAUAUCUGUCCAACCUCUGAUCAGGUGCAGCUUCAACCUUGUGGUCACUUGCGCUUUAAAUAAAGUAAUAAAGAACAUUGUUUUCAUGUCAAACUAUUUUAUAGCUCGCUCUCUCUCGCUUUCUUUCUCUCGCGCGCUCUCUCUCGCGCGCGCGCUCUCUCUCGCGCGCUCUCUCGCUCUCUUGCUCUUGCUCUCUCUUCUAUCCUGUUUCUCUUGGAAUUCUUUAAACUCUAAAAGAAGGUUUCUUAGCUUGAUAACCACUUAUGUGGUGCAGCCCUCUUUUCUCGCAUGUCUUAAAGAGUAGAAAGAUAUUUUACUUACAUAUUUGUGUAUAUUUAGGGGGGGGGGACCAGAAAGAAUAGUUAAUUCUUUAAUAAGGACUUGUGCUUUAAUAAUAUCCAAAAAGGGGGCCAAACCACUGGGCCUGGCCUAUCCAGUUAAGUGUCAAACUGUUUGAAAGGGGACCCCUGGCACCUUACCCUCUUCAUUGGUCUGUACUCUUUGUGGUGUUUAAACUGUCCCUUUAUUGGAUUGAUUUCUUCUAGAGUUUUUAAUGUAUUUAGGUAUACUUUUUGAACUCAUGUUCUUUAGCUGUUUGGACUUCCACCAAUAGUUGUUAGAUUAGGAACCUGGCAUUUGGCCGAUGUGUAAUUGCUUGCAAGUAUUGAGAAACAACGGAUUGCUAUCUGUUAUCGUUUGGAAUAGUGCUAUGCACUCACAAAAAUGCACAUUUAAGAUUAUCAUUGUUAAACAAGCCUGAGAAAGACAAACAAUGUGAAGAUAUGUCUGUUUUUGUCUGGAAAUAUAUAGGUAUGAGUUUCUAGAUUGACUGAACUAUAAACAAUGUGUUCAUCUGAGACCUGUAGUAUGUUUUGGGAUCUAUCUGGCUGUAGGGCUUUUUCUCAGCUUUAACUAGUAUUUGAAAUCCAUAAAGUUUUAGUAGUUUGAUUAGAAUAGUAUUGGUUUCGUUUGUGUGUGUGUGUGUGUUUUUUUUUUUUUUUGUAUAAACAGCCAGUAAAUAUCUGUCCGCUUGAUCUUGCUGUUUGAAAGUCAUUGAAUGAUCCAAUAUAGUAUAUAGUGUUGUUUUUUUUUUUUUCUUUUCUUUUCUUACAUCGAUAAAUGAUCUUGUGUUUUAUUGAUUUUACGAGCUAUUCACAAUGGGAAGAGUGAGGCACUGGAAAUAUUUCAUGCUUUCUCUCAUUCAAUUCCUUUUACUUGACAAGCAUAGACAGAUUACUCCACAUCUUACGGUGUGGUGCGGGAGGUCUGUAAAUCUCAGUUAUGCCUUUUGGAGUUUCAAGUCAGUUCUUCAUUUGCACAAAUAGUAGGGUAUAAAGUUAAAAUAUAGCCUGAGCUCUACAGAGUAAUCAAUACCUUGGCAUGGUAGCAGUGGCGUACACACAAUACAUGGGGCCCUGGUGCAAAACUGACCUGUGGGCCCCCCCCCCGACAGAGAGAGAGACACACAUACAAACAGACACACACAUACAUACACACAGACUGGUGCAAAACUGACCCGUGGGCCCCCUCCCCAAUCCCCCCUGACAGACAGAGAUAGAUAUAUCUAUCUAUCUAUCUAUCUAUCUAUCUAUCUAUCUAUCUAUCUCUAUCUGUACAUAUAUUAGAGAGAGAGAGAGAUGCAUACAGAUACAUACAUACAAACAGACAGGCACACAUAUAUACAUACAUACAGACCGAUACAGACACAUACGCACAGACAGGCACAGACACACACUCACACACACAUAUAUAUACUUACAGACAGACACACACUCACACAUAUAUACAUACAGACAGACACUCACAUAUAUAUACAUACAGACACACACUCACACAUAUAUACAUACAGACACACACUCACACAUAUAUACAUACAGACACACACUCACACAUAUAUACAUACAGACACACACUCACACAUAAAUAUAGACAGACAGACAGACACACACUCACACAUAAAUAUAGACAGACAGACACACUCACACAUAUAGACAGACAGAGACACACUCACACAUAUAGACAGACAGAGACACACUCACACAUAUAGACAGACAGAGACACACUCACACAUAUAGACAGACAGACACACACUCACACACACAUACAUAUAGACAGACAGACACACUCACACACACAUAUAUAGAGACAGACACACACUCACACACACAUACAUAUAUAUAUAUAUAGACACACACUCACACAUAUAUACAUACAGACAGGCACACACUCACACAUAUAUACAGACAGACAGACACACACUCACACAUAUAUACAUACAGACAGGCACACACUCACACAUAUAUACAGACAGACAGGCACACACUCACACAUAAAUACAGACAGACAGGCACACACUCACACAUAAAUACAGACAGACAGGCACACACUCACACAUAAAUACAGACAGACACACUCACACAUAUAGACAGACAGACACACACUCACACUCACACACACACACACACAUAUAGACAGACAGACACACACACUCACACACACAUAUAUACAGACAGACACACACUCACACACACAUAUAUACAGACAGACACACACUCACACAUACAUAUAUACAGACAGACAGACACACACAUACAUAUAUACAGACAGACAGACACACACAUACAUAUAUACAGACAGACAGACACACACAUACAUAUAUACAGACAGACAGACACACACAUACAUAUAUACAGACAGACAGACACACACAUACAUAUAUACAGACACACAGACACACACACAUACAUAUAUACACACACACAGACACACACACAUACAUAUAUACACACACACACACAUACAUAUAUACAGACAGACACACACUCACACAUACAUACAUACAGACAGACACACUCACACAGACAGGCAGGCACACAGACAGACAGGCAGGCACAUACACACAAGGCACACAGACACGCGCAUACAUACAAACACACACACACAAAAUGUUUAAGUCACCCUCCUGUUUCCUACCUCAUAGGUGCAAGAGGGUGACUUUCCCUGGGGUCCAGUGGUGGCUCAGGUUGAUGGGAGUCAGAGUUCCUACUCUGACUCCCUCUGUUUCCUCCUGCGCGGGCUCUCAUAGCUGGGAGGAGUGACGUGCAGUCACUUCCUCCCAGCAGUGAUGUCAUCACAGGAGGCCCGGUCACGCUGUUAAAGCGCCCAGCGCUGACCGGGCCCCCUGACAAUCCAUAUCCAUCGGGUGGCCCUGACAGCAUGGGUCAACCGAUGGACCCCUUUGACGGCGGCCCCGGUGGUUUGCCACGCGGGCUGGGGAAGCAAAAGAUGGCGGUGUGUACCCGGUCGCAGGGGUCCGCAGGGUGGCCGGGCCCCCUGGAAUGACUGCCCGGUUGCAGCUGUGACCCUUGCGACCGUGGUAUGUAUGCCAGUGCAUGGUAGACUAAUUCACUCAUGUAACCGUAGGGUGAUGCUUAAAAUGUGGGCGGUUAGGAUUAUUUGGUGAAUCAGCUACACUCUGAAACUGGACUUUUUCCACAUUAUGAAUGUUUGUCUUUAUGAGAGUUUAGUGGUUAUGCCUAAGCAAUUCUGAAAGUAUAUACAAAAUGUGAUUACGGUAUAGGAAUAUUAAAUUUUUUUCCACAUUAGUUAUACCACAUAUAGACUAAAUAUCGGCAAUAUAUAUUCUACUGGAUAAAUAGCUUGUAUAGCAAAGCAAUGUGAGUAUUCAUGUAAAUACCGCAAUCCUCAGUGCUAAAAUUGUUCAUUAGGAAAUGUCAGCAGAAUUAUAUGUUUUACUUCCUGCUUUAUGCCUUAUAAUUAAUGGUCUUUUUUUCCUCAAUUUUCAUUGGCUGACUCAUUCUGUGAUUAACCCAUUAGUAACUAAGAUUUUUUUCAAAAAAAUCUGUGCAUUCACAAUUGAUUAAUAUUUAGCACUUUUGCUAUUAAAUGUAUCAGAAUUUUCAUGGUAAAAUUAGAUCUGUUGGGGCUAUAAAAUGAAUAGAGUUCACAUACUUAAAGAGAAAAUAUAUUGAUAGGAAUACAAAGUUGUAUUCCUAGCACUACUACAGUUUCCCACACUGCAACAUUAAAAGGGUGAAAACAUGUCCUUGUGCACAACGUGUGUAUGUCCAGUCUGCUAAGUAGCCAGAUGUGCCUCUAGUGGCUGUCUGGUACAAAACCAAUAGAGUUGGAGUUAGUUCUGCAAGGUAAUUAUUGCAGUUUAUCAACAAUAAUUACAAUUGCAGGGUUAAUGGGACAGCGCCCAUACGACUUCCAUGAGAUUAAUUGUUCUGGGUGCCUAUAGUGUCCCUUUAAAAACCACAGCACAAAAGUAUUUGUAGAAAUUGUAUCCCUUGGGUAUUAAGAGCAUUUUGACACUUUUUUGAAAAAAAAUCUCAGUUUCUAGGAGCUAAUCAAAUCUCUGUAUAAAUUGGCCAAUGAAAAUGUAUUCAUUAAAAUAUUCACCUGGAACACUAAGGUAUUAAAGUGGCUCUGUCACCGAAAACAAAUGUGCAUUUCCUAAAGAUAAGAUCCUUAUGAAAUGCUCAUAAAGACUGUGUAUGAAUUUCAUUGGACUUCCUACGCAGUAAAAAGAUUUCAUGAGACAAAGUAGGUACUACUUUAUCUUAUGGGAAAUCCAUAAUUUGGCAAAAGAUAGAACUGCCGCCAUCAAGUUUUGUCACUUCUGCCAGCUUUUACUAGCAAUGGCUGUGGGAUUAAAGCAUUAUCUCGCUCCUCGCAAGAUAAUAUCCUUGGAGACUCCCGCAGGAUCCUCCAUUCACACAUGCUUGAGUACAGCACUUAUGUAAGAUUCUAGAAGAUGAAUCACCAAGAGCUGAAGAUUAAAAAUGGCGGUGCCCACAGGGGAUCGCAACAGGUAAGUAUAAUUCACAUAUGCUAAGAGCAAUUUUAAUAUUUUUAAUUUAACCAUUUUAUUGCCAAUCUGUGCCAAAUCUGAUGGCUACAUUUAUUUAUUUUCGCAGGGCUGAGGCGGGCAGGCAGGCGGACGAUCAGCUGUAUGAAGCAGGGGGCAGCUGUAUCAGGGCGGUGGGUGGCUGUGUAGAGGAACACCCUGAAUUAGCACAACUAUCAGGAACCUUAGCCAUAAUUAAGGGUUGCAAAACAUUAUUGGGUUUUUCAAGUUUGGAAGCUGACUUUUUCUAAAGCUUAACCUACAGCACUGAUAGUGAGGCAGAGUGUGCUCCGGAUUAGUGAGGGCUGGCAACUUCCUGCUCUGCUCCCUGGCGCGCCUUCCAGUGAUGCCGGGAGCUGGUAUAUGACGUAAUUCCAGCCCCGCAUCACUAAACAGCACUCUAAGGAACAUAGCAGGGAGAUGACAGCAGCAACACUGGACCCCAGGGAAAGCUGAUCCACUCCAGUUCUCCCAAAGGUAGGUAGGUCGGGUGGAUUUAAAAUAAAAAAGUAAGGGUUUGUGAGUGAGUGUUGCUGUGUGUGUGUGUGUGACAAAUCAGUGAAACUGUGUGUGUGUCUGUCAGUAUGUAUGUUUAGGGGACCUGCCCCCCUCCAAUCACAGGGAAAGGUGUUUUUACACACCUUUUCCCCACGUUGUGCUGGAGUUGCCGUGGCUGGCCCUACCUCCAUGGCUAAGUUAAUCAAUCUUGAAGAUCUCAGCCAAUCCAAUGCUUCCCCAUAGACAGACUCUGCAGCACUGACCCAGGAAGCACUUUUAGAGCCCGUCUGAGUAACUGUCACUAGAGGAUUUACCAGACAGCAAUGUAAACCCUGCCUUUAGUCUGAAAAGUCAGUGUUUACAUUGAAAAGCAUGUAGGGACAGUACAUAGACUUCAGAACAACUACAUUAGGCUGUAGUGGUUCUGGUGAUUUAUAGUGUCCCUUUUAAGAAUUGUAUUUUUGAUUUAUAUUUUCUUUAAAUCUGGCUCCUAACUUUUUGAUUAAGAAGGGCAUUCUUCACUUCUAAAUGCCCCCUCUCUAUAAUUGUAAAGGGCUGUGGAUUAUGUUGGCACUAUAUAAAUGUUAAUAAUAAUAUGGAGCAUUUUCAGUCAUAUCACUUGACCAUUUCAUCACCAAUUUCUAAUUAAUUUAACACUACAUUUUAUAUUUUUCACUUACAUAUGAAAAAUUGAAUAGUGAUUUUCUCAGCCAUAGUGUGUCCUAAUACAUCAAAUACUCUAGAUUUGUAUUUUACUGUGUCUCCCAAGUACAAAAAUGUCCCACAUAUCCUGCACCUGAUGCAGCUGUUUACAGAGCUUUCAGGGUGAUAUUAAAGAUAUGCCUCUUUGCUUCCCAGAGACACCAUCUGCUAAAAUUAUACUAUCUGUGUCACCAUACUCCACACGUUGACACUUUAUUUUUAACAAUAGGUAAUAUUAACCAAAGCUUGCCCUCAGGGCCGGAUUAACAUAGGGGCUGAUGGAGCUGCAGCUCCAGGCCCAUGGAAUAGGCCCAUUGAUUUAAAAAAAAAAAAAACUCCACAAUACUCUUAGGGAUUCCACCUGGCUUUUAUUUUAUUGGCACAACCAGUAUUUGAGGCUGCCUGGCUGGUGCCAAUAUUGCAGUGAUAUUGGCAAUACAAAUGCUGGUAUUUUUCUCAGUAUAAACAAGAGAUUACUCUGCAAUACCAGCACUGGCCAGUAGGGGUCGCUGUGUGUGGAGACAGGCAGGGAUAGGAAGUUCCAGCAUAUCCCUCCCUGCCUAUCUAUACUCACUGAUCUGCAGGGGUGCAGCUACAGAGAGUCCAGACAGCAACUCCCACCCUGCAGAGACAGCCUACAGCUCAGGGAAGUAAGGGAUGGGGGAAAGGCUGCAAGGAGACAUGGGGACACAGACUCUAAGGGACACUGGGAAACAUUAUGGCAGACACUGAGAAACUAAGGGACAUUGGGAGACAUUAUGACACAGACACAUGGGGACACAGUGUCCCCAUGUCUCCCAGUGUCCCCCCAGCGGGGUUAGAUGGUGGUGUUAACACUAUAGGGUCAGGAAUUCAUGUUUGUGUUCCUGACCCUAUAGUGAUCCUUUAAGGUAAUGCUGGCUUUGGUCUCUCUAACAUUGUGGCAUGUUCCCUUUCUUCUAUACUCACUACAUACAACUUUUCUCUGUCCCAGACUAUAUACCAGGAGCGUCUGCCUGCUAGUAAGAAGGUAAUGAGACAAGUAGACCAGCGAGUGCUAGGGGACAGUCCUUAGAAAGCGUUGAGCGAGCGCAUCAUUAGAUGCAUUUAUGCCAAGCUCAGGGUGCUGUCUGCAUAGUAUACCCUUAGUUGGCCAGCUGCAUGAUUGGCAGGCAGCCUGACAUGCAUUCAUACCAGGCUGGCCUUCUAAUUCUUUGGGCAGACAUGUCCUCUUUUUGGGCAUGUUCGCCCCUUUUGGCAGGUUACGUGAUAUGUGUCAGUGGCACACCCUUUUACCGUGCCCAUUGACUUCCUGCUUGACUGGACAAUGUUGUAAGGGGUUAUGGAUUUACUUGAAAGAUGAAAACAUAAAUUAGAGGGAGAUUAGCAUAGGUUUUUUUGUGUUUUUUUUUCUUAUAGCUGCUGUUUUCUUUCUCUCUAGCACUAUCUCCAUCAGAUACAUGACGCUUUGGGAGUGUUUUAGUGUUUUUGGUCGAUAUGAUUCUUUAAUUAGGCCCAUCAAUUGUCAGCACCAGGCCCACUGGGCUGUUAGUCUGGCCCUGCUUGCCCUCACAAUUAACCUUUUAGUAGUUUGUCCCAUAGGCUGAGUGAUCACUGCAAGAGUCAAUCACAGUGAUUACAUUAUUUUAACCAAUAGCUAUGUCAAAUGAUUACUAUAGUUGAUUCCCAGGGAUCAGCGCAAAUAUGUGAGAGCAAAUCGGUGACUAUUGCUGGAUUGCUUCACUAGUGAAGCAGCCAUCAGUGUCCCUAAAAAGCUGAUGUCAAAGUGUAUUAGUUACGGUUCCUGGAGAUCCCACCCAGGAACCUUCUUGUCUUCAAGUGUUAUAUCUUUCUAUAAUGGUUUAACAUUUAAUUUGAAUGCUAUAGCAGCCAAUUUGGCUUCCACUCUAGAACUGCUUGGCAAAUGCGGAAGCAGAUUUUCGGUGUAUACUAAGUUUUAAUUGCAAGUAACACUUCAAAAAUGUAUUAACGAUUUUGGAGCAUUACUCGCUAUGGGUGGCCAAUGCUGGGCUUGGAUCUUCAGUUGACUCUUUUAGCCUAUAACUUCCGUGUGAGCUUCCUCAUAUACCAAGCUCUUCCACAGAUGAUGCCGGAUAUGAAGUAAUUAUUCUAAAUAUACAAUAAUAAGUCCUGCGUUUAAACUCCCACUACUCCUGGGCGGCAGCAAUGACCAUAGUACACAUCAGCCCCAAUACAUACAACAAAAAAAGAUAAGAGUUACUUGCGCACUAUCCCAAAUCCCCAUGCUUUUUUAAAUAAGUGGAGGUUUUUAAUAUUACUCCAAUGGCCAUUAGGUGUAAGCUCACCUGCCAUGUCAAGGCAAGCCUCUUAGGUGACACCUUUAUCUUUGACAUACUCAUUUUUGUAUUUAUUUAUUUUUUGGGGGGAGGAGGGGCCGUUUGGCAUAUUGUGAUAUUAAAUUCUAUGCUAAUACAGCUAUUUGGGCUUUAAAUUCAUAAUUCCGAGUUUAAUAAAUAUAUUGUCGGUGAUAUCUGGAAUGUCUGUAUACAUGAUCCUUUUAAUGCUUUAUGUAAGUUAUGAGUUAAAGUAACACUAUUUAUGGUUGAUGCCUUGUUGGAAAGUUUUAUUGCUGAACACUCAUCUCAUAGCCCUAACCUUGCUAUGUUUGCCCCCAAGGUAUCAGAGAUAAAAAUGUUUGCCAAGCUGAUCUUUAGCUGAGUAGAAAUAACUUCAGGUUGCAGGACCUGUGGAUUUGUAAACGUCUACGACUGUUAUUUAUUAACACAAUUGUUGGCUAAUAGUAGCAUUGAAACCGUUAAGUAAACCGUUUGUAUUCAGCAGAUUUGUUUACAUGGGAACAAUUCAAGUAACGUAUGGUGCUGUGAGUACAUUGACUUCCAGAAUGCUUUGUGCCUCUCACUAAGGUAGAUAAUUAUAUGUGUCAUAAUGCUGAAUCAUUGGGUAAACCACGGACAAGUUGCAUUGUACCUAUAAUUAUAUUUUUAUCGCCCAUGACAUUCUAAAAUACAUUGAAACAGAGAACAGAUGCAAUUGUAUGGGUUCAGGUACAUCUGGCAAUUCUGAUCAUUUGUGUAAAAAAAAUGUAUUCAAAAAAAUUAUAUAAUUUUUUGUAAGCAGUCUGAACUGGCUAUUUUUGACUACAUUUUGUCAUUUUUAAUCUGUUUUGUUUGUUGACUUGGGUGUAAAGUGUGCGAUUUUAAAGGUUUAUUUGUUGGAGGGUUUCACACAAAACUGUAAAAGAGACCAGAGUCAUCAAGUAGUCAUUUACUUUUGUCAUAUGAUUAUUUGUAUGCAAUGUGUGUGUUGUCUGUAUGUAACGUGUCUGUGGUGUCUCCUGGCUGUGUGUAGUGUGUUGUGCUCUGCUUUGCCUAGCCAUCCCAGCUUUGAAUGCUCUUGUAUACAUGGAAUAAACCAUAUAUCAUAAAGAUACAUGAUGUAUUCAGUUGGAGAGGGGGGAGGGUAUAUUCCCUGGAGUUCUAAUGGGGUAGAGGCAACCUUCGGCACUUCAGAUGUUUUGGACUAUACCUUCCUUGAUGCUUUGCUAGCAUUAUGGGAUAUGUAGUCCACAACAUCUCGAAUGCCGACGGUUGCCUAUCCCUAGUGUAGAGUAACCUCAACACUGGUUCAUGUCCCACUUGUGGUGUUGAUAUCAACCAACAACCUGCUAUUUAUAUAAGUUCAGAGGUCACUGAGACAGUAAUUCUUGCCACAGGAAAUACAUUUGCAAGAAAAAAAAAACGAGAAUGACAAACAUUCAGAAGUUUGUAAACUUCUAUGCUAAUUUAGUUUGGCUUCCUGAAGAUUGUUAUAUAAAGAAUUAAACCCAGUUAAGCCUAUAAGGCAAACCAUGUAUGGAUAUCCUCUAGCUCUCUUACUCUAAUCAACCCAAAAGCCAAAUACAAAAUCAGUGCGCCACUUUCUGAGGCUUGAAUACAUUGAGCACAUUCCACUUUAUACUACAGCGCUCUGUAGUGGUUAUGGAACAAGUAAAACUCUCGGGUACCUGCUACAGUGUAAGUAGUCAAACUGUUUGCAAACAGUUUGACAACUUACCUAGGGUCUACCUGCGUGAGCUAUGCAAGGCCAGGGCAUUGGUUGAAGGGCCAGCUGAUUGCUCUCAGCCAAUGACCCAAGUCCUGCACCGACUGCUCUCAUGGAAAAGGUGACUAACACCCCAAGUACGUUUUCAAACUGUUAGUAAAUGCAAAGUAGUGGUUAUGAUGGUUGCAGUGUUCCUUUAAUCUAAUGGAUUUUUAUUUUUUAAACAUAUUAUCAAUGCAAUAUAUGUAUAAUACAAGAAAAACUGGUAAAAACCAGCAUGGAGCACACUUUUAACACUUAUUAUACUUGUAUGUAAUGCUUCAAACAGACACUGGAAGAUAUUAAACAAGUAUAAAAAAAAUACUGCUGAACACCAUUGGCUGUUUUCAUACACAAGCAUCUGCAGGGCCAAGGUUACCCGUUACUGGCCUGCAACAGAUUUGGGCUGGGGGGAAGAUAAGCUUUUGCAUUAAUCACUAAACUCCCAGGAUUUCUGCUAAUAGGACAAUUUACAUAAAGCAAUUCAAGGACAGUUCAGAAAAUGUUUUUGAACGGGCUAAUUUCUAUUUUAAGAACAAAAAAAAGCCAUGAGAAAGUCGGAAUUCAAAACAUUUACUAAACACUAAAUUACCUCUGAAUUUGCACAUCUGAUCAUAUCUGCACAGCUUCUCACAAAAAACAAACCACUUUAUUGGUAAAUCUUCUAACAAACUUUUUCUAGAAAGGAUAGAGGCCACCAAAAAUCACACUUGGAAGCCAAGUUAUUUACCGAUUUAUUUUUGUAAAGAACAGACUGGACAUCAUAAGUUCAUCAGAAUGAAGUUGUUAUGGUGCGUAGAGGUCCCUGGUGCUGGCCUAAUUUCAGGAGAUAAACCGUUAAACACUUUUUCCUGGCACUAUAGUGCCCUGAGGGUGCCCCCACCCUCAUGGCCCCACCUCCCGCUGGUCUGAAGUUGGAGGAAAGGGUUAAACACUUACCUUUCUCCAGCGCUGGGCUCCCUCCCAGUCAGGGGAAUUCCAAUAUACAGAGGGAAUAUAAAGAACACAGAAUACAAAUAUUAAAAGCACAGAAAAAUAAAAAUGCCUAUAAUACAGAAAUAAUCAGGUUCUAGGGAUAGAGGGAGUAAAAGUAUAGAGAUCAAAAGCACAUAACUAAUUGAAUAAUAGAGUGCUAGCUCUAAACUGGAAAGAAGGGAGGCCACCUAUACUCCCUAUAGAAGUAGGUAUAGCAAAAGCAUUUAUAGAAAAAAUUAGGUAUUCCAGGAACUAGUCAGAUUGCAAUAAAUAGAAGUACAGUAUAUAUCAGCUUUCAAAUCAAGGAUAAAUAGGAGAAUGUAUAUAUAUGUAUAUGUAUAUAUAUGUAUAUGUAUAUAUAUGUAUAUGUAUAUAUAUAUAUAUAUAAAAUAUAUAUACUGUGUGUGUAUAUAGGAGAUACACAGUUGUGGAACCCUAUUGCAAAUACACUAUAAUUCACUGACUCUCAGUAAAUAUAUAAAAGUAAAAUAAAAUUAAAACGAGAGGAACAAUUAAAAAGUGCAAAAAAAGGAAAAAAGUGUGAAUUUCCUUUUUGCUACAGUCUGGGGACUAUUGGAAUAUAACUAUCAUCUUAUUUAAUUCUGUAUACUCUGCAUUUGCAUUUAUUAAUUUUAUAACCAGGACUUUCUGUGUGGACUUAUUUUGAACCAAUUAUUUAUGGUCUCCUUCCUGAGUUUCUAUAUAUCUAUAUAUAUUCUCCUAUUUAUCCUUGAUUUGAAAGCUGAUAUCUACUGUACUUCUAUUCUAUUUAUUGCAAUCUGACUAGCUCCUGGAAUACCUUAUUUUUUCUAUAAAUGAUAUUGCUAUACCGAAUUCCAAUAUACGUUGGUUUUCAUUUUUAUCUAUAUGAACAUGGUGCAUUCUAUAUCAACAAUUAUUUCCACAACCACUUCUGUUUAUUAUUAUAGUAGUCUUCAAUUAAUAAAACUGGGGGGGAAAUACAGUAAAAAGAAAGUGAGACAGUUGCACUUGGAAAUAUAAUUUUCCAAGAUUGUCAUUCUAUAUAAUUCAAAAAAAAUGAUCAUUAAAACGUAAUUUUACUAUGCUGUGUUGGCUCAGGUCAUCUUCUUAAUAACAUCGCACUUUCCCAUAAACUAAUUCUGCUAUUUGAAAAAUAUAUCAGGACACCGAUAAACCAUUCUAAACCUUUUUUUUUUUUUUACAUCUUUCUCCCAUCUGUCAUCUCUCUUCCUAGCUUACACACUCCCUUGCUCUUUUUUUUUUUCUCCCUUUUUGUGCAUAAUAACCCUUUAUCAUUUCCUUCUUUGUGUCUCUCUAAACAGAUUUACAAUUCAAUUGGAAUUUCAAUUGUUCCAUGUUGAUAUCCAAGAUAUUAUAACACUGUCAGACAUUGACAUGAGCUCACACAGUCGUAUUCUAGAUAAUUUGAAAAUCACUUGCUUUAUAUUAAAACAAAGUGAAUAAGCAAUGUUUCUGUUUGGGGUAGUGCUGACUAUAUCUAUCCUAUCUUAUAGAGCUGUUGACAUUAAAAUGUGCAUUGUGAUUGAGUGUUUACAUCUUGUAAAUAACCCGAUUAUUCACCAUGUAAUCUUAAAUGCCUGUGCUUUUGUCCUUGGUUACCCUGGAUUGUAAACUCUUGUGCCAUUCCACUAAGUACUUAAAUAAAACUGUUAAAUGAUCUAUUGAGAUCACGGAAAUGGCUUUGUAUUCUGUAACGCCCAACCUGUGCUUAAUCAUUAAACCUUGUAAAUUAUCCUAGUUAAGAGUAUAGAAUACAGAAACAAAUAGAAAAUAUUGGGUUUAUCUAAAGAAAUUUGUGCAAGUUUGUCAGAUUGUGAGUCUAUUCUAAUUUUAGAUGCUAUUUCGAAAAUCACACACUAAAAUGUUAUAUCUCACAUAUGUAAUGGAAAUGGCCUCCUUAGAAAUGAAAAUGUAAUAUCCACUAACCAUAGCUAGUACAAUGGGUUGUUGAAAUGUUUUUUGUAAUCCUCAGUUUAACCCCGCUGUCAGCUAAACCUUUUUUUAAUUUACUAAAAGAAUAGCAAACUUAUGUAUAGAUCCAUCCAUAGAUCUUUUUGUUACCUUCUUUGUCGCAUCAUCAUGCAGGGCUGUAUGUAAAUUAACUGCUAAAAUAUUACAUAAAUUGAUAAAUGUUAAAACAAAUGUGAAAACCUUUUUUAAAAAACGCAUUUCAUGAUUUGCACUUAUAUUCCUUGGCAUUCACUAUCCCAUAAUAAUUUAAGGAAUGCUAAAGCAUUAGAAAUACUGGUUUGUUAUAUAGCCCCCUCCCCUCCCCUCCCCUGUGUGUCACAUAAAAAAAAAAAAAAAAAAAAGUUUGUUUUUAGUUGUUUUUUUUUUCUUGCGUCCAGUGCCACGACUCCAUUGGCUUUGGUUUCUUCUCUUCCCUCAACGUCAUGGAGGAGGCAUGGCUUUCUCUGGCGUGGGUCUUUUCAGUGCUCUUCAUAGAGGUGCAUUGGGGUCCUGAUGCGCAUGCAAGCUUCCCAUGUAAAAACAUUGAAUCAACGCUUUCCUUUGGGAGCUUCUGCAUCACGUGACAGAGUUUUAGUUAGUCGGUGGCUGUCAGUUUAACAGGCUUUGGAGUUUUGUUUAACUCUUCAAUGUAAUCAUAGCUGUUUCUGCAUAUUUAGGCCAUAUUAGCGAAGUUAGAUCAUUUUUCCCCCACUCCUACCUGGCUCAACCAUUUUGUGUCAAUGUUUAAUGACUAGGCCUCUAGGUUUGUGCCCUUUAAGGCCUUGAUUUAAUAUUUUUAGAUACGCUUUUUAAACAUUUUUAAUAAUUCUUUAUAUGUAAAGUUUGUAUUUUUUUCCCAGAAUAAGAUAAAAAUAUGGGAACAUUGUUAAAUAGUAAUAAACAGAAGUGGAAAAGAGUGAGUACAUGACUUGAGUCAAUACAUGCAAAUAUGGGUAAUGCACAGUACAGAGGCAUAUAAUACAUUGUUGGUAUUCUUUCACAAAAAUAGAAAAGAUGUGAGGUGAAGAUUAGUAGCCUAAAAGGCUUACAGUGUCAAACAGUUAAAUAAUACAUAUCUAUGUCAAACACAUACAGAUGUUAUCAAUUUUCGAUUGGAUCUAAGAAACGCUUCGUAUCGAGAGUAGGAUACACUACUCUUGGGUUUUGUGUUAAAGGGUUCCAAGUAACCGGUUUGAAGUCCAUCCUUCAAUUGCUUUUUCUGAGUGAGGUCUGUCUGUAUGUCCGCACGUAUGUUUGUGAAAGGGUGUGUUUCGAGAGUGCUGGUAAGAUUGUGUGAAGCGUGUAUAUGUAGGGGUGGGGGAGGUCUUGAACCAUCGAAGUGAGAGUUAUAUUUAUAUAUAUAUAUAUGUAUGUAUGUAUGUAUGUAUGUAUAUAUGUAUGUAUUUUCUGUUUUUUAUAUGACUUUUUUUCAUCUUUUAAUAUUUUGAAAAGAUCAUCAAUCAUUUAACAGCUUAUCCAAAAAUAUUAAAUCGAGGCCUAAUUUGACAUAUUGAGCGCUACAGGUAAAUUGAAUUGCGUUAUGAUAAAAUCAUAAGCUACUGUGCUAUUUAAAUAGGCACUGUGUGAAAGUCAUGUUAUUUAACAAAUUGAAUUGCUAUGUUUUGUUACAAAUUAGUAAAUUGAGCUACAUGCAAUGUGGUAAAACAUGAAGCCAUUAACAAAUGUCUGUGAAUUGUCUUGGCAGGAGAAUGUAUCCUUGGCUGAUAUUUUGUCGCUACGAGACAACUGUCUUACAGAGCAGGAUAUUUGGGCAAUAUGUCUCGAGUGCUGCUAUUCUAUGAAGAGUAUUGCUCAUUCGGCCAUCUUCCAGACGCUCUGCAUUACUCCAGACACAUUGGCUUUCAACACAAAUGGCAACAUCUGUUUCAUGGAGCAGCUUAGUGGUACGUAUAUUUGCCAUCCACUGGCAUCAAGGCUCUCUAUGUUUUUUUCAGCACUAAAUAAGAUACUUUGAAAAGAGAGUGAGAGGGGGCAGCAACAAAACCAUGCUGUGUGUUCUGCUGAAAGACACUACUGACAUCUGCAUUUCUGGGUUCUGUUAAAGGCAUCUUCUAUAAUUAAAUGGAAAACUUUCAUGAAUCAUUGGCAGGCUGACAAACUCUGCUUCCAAAAUAAUGAGUUCUUUAACCCCCGGUUAAGUGUUGGAUGUGGGACUUAGUUUAUUGUUUCAUACUCCCUUCUGUGAUUUAAGGGGUUAAUGGUUAGGUGUCCCGUGAAUAUCUAGAACAUGUUUUCUCACUGUUCACAUUCCUUUUAUUGAAGUUGGGAAAUUAUGUAAAUGUGAAAUACUGCAGAGGGAUCACUAAUUGAGAUGUAAAUGACAAAUAGUGUAAUAAUGUUUUAGACACCAAGUGUUUUCUUUAUUAACAGCACUGUUACCCAGAAACAAUUUUAGAUCCAUUCCUAAUGGAAAAAAAAAACAAACUACAGAUUCUAAAUUAAUUUUCUACGUUGCUUCAAGAGUCCGUUCAAACCGUUCAACCGAGGUUUAAAAAAAAAUAUACAUAUAUUUAUAUAUUUUACUCUCCCCUCAAUGGUUCAUAUCUUAAAAUCCAAAUAGGUUAUGGUGAUUGAAAACCCCUUCCACCUGAAGUCUGUGGAUAGUUUAAUACAAUGUUAAACAAAAAUCUGCACACCAGUCAAGCCAUAAGACUUGCUUUUCCCAGAGAAAUGUGGGAAAAGCAAUAACAUUACUUUUACUCCCCCAAAAAUUCUAAAUGCAAAGUGUAAAACUAUUUUUUCAUGCCAUUGUCAGCUUGUUGCUUAAAGGGAAACUGUCUCUUACUAUUGUUGGCUAUUGUUAUGCAUUUUCAUUAACACCUAAAGGGCUAUUUGUCACAUUUUGUCAUUUUGACAAUGUGGUAAUUAAAGGGCUUUUUUUGCCAACAUGUAUUGCUCUGCCUAUUAAGCAUCAUUCGUUAUUUACAGUCAUAUAGUUGUUAAAUGUGUGGGUGUUAAAAGGCGAUAUAUAUAUGAAAAGUCAAUUUUAAGCACAGUAAUUCUGAGAAGACACAUUUCUCCAGUUUGACAUACAGAUGAGUACAGGUAGACUUAAUGUUUCAGAAUUCAUUCUGCAUUUGUGCAGGCAUCCUUGCCAGCACCACUUAUUCAAACCAAAACAUAGGUUGUGAUCCAUUCUGCAUCAAUCGGAUUUCUCAAGUAGCUGCUUGAUAUUAAAUGGUCACUCUACACAUCAUAAAAAUUUGCAUCAUUGCAAUUGAUCAUCAACAGCUUCUUCACAUUCUCCGUAACUUUGGUCUACGGGAUUCUGCUCUCUCCUGGUGCUCCUCCUACCUCUCCCAGCGCUCCUUCAGUGUUUCUUUCUCUGGCUCUGCCUCUUUUCCCCAACCCCUCCUUGUCGGCGUCCCCCAAGGUUCUGUCCUCGGCCCCCUACUGUUCUCUAUCUAUACUGCCUCCCUUGUUAAACUCAUCAGCUCUUUUGGCGUCCAAUACCAUUUAUAUGCAGAUGACACGCAAAUCUACCUGUCCUCCCCUGAUCUCUCUCCGCCCACCUUGACUCGUGUUUCUAACUGCCUCUCUGCUAACCUGUCCAAAACAGAACUUCUAGUUUUUCCUCCCUCAAGUGCUGCUACUCCUGUGUCUGUCGCCAUCCAAGUCAACGGCGCUACUAUCACCUCUACCUCCCAGGCUCGCUGCCUAGGAGUUCUUUUUGAUUCUGAUCUCUCUUUUACUCCCCAUGUUCAAUCGAUAGCCAAAUCCUGUCGCUUCCAACUCAAGAACAUAGCGCGCAUCCGCCCAUAUCUAACGCCGGACGCGGCUAAGGUACUGGUUCAUGCUGUUGUUCUCUCUCGCCUUGACUAUUGCAAUCCCCUUCUCACGGUCUUACAUGUUCCCAGCUUGCACCGCUGCAAUCUAUAAUGAAUACGGCUGCGAGGCUUAUUUUCCUGUCCGGUCGCACCUCCCACGCCUCCACGCUCUGUCAGUCCCUGCAUUGGCUUCCAGUUAGAUAUAGGGCCCAAUUCAAAAUUCUGGCACUUGCUUACAAAUCCCUACAUAAUGCUGCUCCAACAUACCUAUCUUCCCUCAUACACAAGUAUGUCCCGACGAGACCCCUGCGUUCAGCCCAAGACCUACUCCUUUCCUCUGCCCGGAUCCCCACCUCUGAUGCUCGCCUUCAAGACUUCUCCAGGGCUGCACCUAUUCUGUGGAACUCCCUUCCCUCCUUAAUCAGACUUUCACCCAGCCUCCAUUUCUUCAAAAAAUCUUUGAAAACUCACUUCUUUAUUAAAGCGUAUCAAUUAAACUGUCAGCAGGUUUCUCAUCCCCCACCCCAUGACUCCGUUCCUUCACCUGUCAGAAAUGACCUACCAAGCACUCAAUAAACCCUUCUGUAACAAACUAUUUAAUUCCCCUACUUUAACCCUUUGUGUCACUAUACCCCACUCCCUCUAGCAUGUAAGCUCAUCGAGCAGGGCCCUCAACCCCCUCUGUUCCUGUACGUCAGUGGUCUGAUCUCAAUUAUGUGUUUGUUAGUCCACCCAUUGUACAGCGCUACGGAAUUUGUUGGCGCUAUAUAAAUAAAAUAAUAAUAAUAAUAAUAAUAAUAAUAAUUGUAUGGUGCCUAAAGUACUCUGGUCCAUAUCUCCAAACAUUGUUGCAGCUAUAUGCCUUCCCUCUGGACAAGUGAAGUCACAGAUACUACUUCUUCCUUUGCAAACUGAGAUGAAUUCAGUAACUACUUCCCAUACAGUAUGCACCUGUUGCACACACAACUCUCCAUGCUCCUUCCUGUAGUUCUGCCCAUUUGGUAGCUCAGGAGAAACAAAACUGUGACCCGUGCUUUGAAUAAGUUAAUAAGCAACUGCAGUAUGACUUAUUCAGCAUUUCCACUCAUCAUCCUUUAAAUUCCUGCUGGACAGAAUGUUAUGAGUAAUUACCCCCAUAAUUAGAUAAUCCUGAUUGGUGAAACCUCUCCCUGAUUUAGAGGAGGAGUGGGCCUGUUGAUUUAGCUUGCAGUAUAUUAGCGGCAGCAACUUUGACGGUGGGUUUCUGUUUUAUGUUAAUCAAAUCAAAUUAAAUUAAUGUAUUAAAGUAUAUCCUUUAAAAUGAUCUGUAGUAAACUAGAAAAUGCAUCAAUUCCAGCAUAUUUGGAUCUCUGGUUAUGAAAACAUCUGUGAAUGUACUUGUCCUAGAGCAGGUGUGGGCAUUGUUGCCUUUCCGGCUAUUUUUAGUAUGACCUGAAUAGAUAUUCCUAUGAGAAAGGAGUGUGUGUGUAUAUUACAGUCAAUAAUGGCAAGUUCAAAUCAAGUUGUAAAUGUCAGACACCUGUGUGUGAUUAAAGAAAAGAAAAAGUUACCUGCGCUCUUUCUUUAAUCCCCAUGUAUAUUUAGACAAAUGGAGGUCAUUUAGUUGCUCCAAUGGCCAUUUGAGGGAAUGCCUGCCUGCCAACAUCAAGGCAGACCCCCCUAAGCGGGUCCUAACAAUGACCCUUCAGCCUGCUUCCUUGAGCUUCUGGCAAAGAUAUCUCUAAUGAGACAGAGAGGGGUAUUUUUUAUCUACACCCCUAUAUACUUAUUAACCCUUAAUAGGGAGCACAUGGGAUGGGCGGCAGCAUUGUAACAAGGCUGUGUGAUGCAAAGUAAAUACAAAAACAAAAAGAGAGGGGGGUCUGCCUUGACGUUGAGCGCAGGACUUCUCUUUUUGUAUUUGUAUUUACUUUGUAUCACACAGCUUUGUUACAAUGCUGCCGCCCAUCCCAUCCCCUACUAAGAGUUAUUAAGUAUAUAGGGGUGUAUAUAAAAAAUACCCCUCUCUGUCUUAUUAGAGAUAUCUUUGCCAGAAGCUCAAGGAAGCAGGCUGAAGGGUCAGUGUUAGGACCCCCUUAGGGGGUCUGCCUUGACGUUGGCAGACGGGCAUUCCCUCCAAUGGCCAUUGGAGCAAAUAAAUGACCUCCAUUUGUCUAAAUAUACAUAGGGAUUAAGGAGAGAGCGCAGGUAACUUUUUUCUUUUCUUUGGUUUUUACUAUAUAUUGGGGCUGAUGUGUACUGUAGUUAUUGCUGCCGGCCCAGUAGUGAUGGGAGUGAGCGCAGGACUUCUCUUUUUGUACCUGUGUGUGAUUAAAGUUAAAUUUACAGACAGGAGACAAAUACUUCUAAAGUAAGAUAACAUCUGAUUAUAAACAAAACCUUUUUUUGUGUAGGUUCUGUGAGUCACAGCCAGGGGAGGUGUGGCUGCAUAAACAGAAAUGGCAGAGAUUGAGCAGUGAAACUGCAGGGGCAUGAUCUAUAAAUAAAACUGCAUCACUAAGCUAAAGUUGUUUUGGUGCUUAGAGUAUUCGUUGAAAUACACAGGAAUGAGUGGGGGAGGGUAGUGGGUCUAACAGAUUCAAUAAACUAGUAGACUGAAGAUAACGGAAUAGAGGGGUAGAGGAACUUUAAGGUAGUAGGACUGCUUAGACUUUCUAUCUUAAAAUAUUUUUUCUCAGGGACUAGCCAUUGUUGCAGAGAAUGAUAAAAUGUAUAUGAAACAAGUUAGAUUGGUUGGUUCUAUGUCUGGAUACUGCACUGUGCAGCCCCUGUACGCAUUGUGCACAUGAUUAAAAAAACAAAAAACAAAAAACAACAGGAUUUAUACUUGAAAAAAUGACUAUAUACGAGAUAAUGAAAUAAAACAAACCCAUUGGUACACGAGUAGAAUAGCAAGUGUGGAUGAGGCAACUGGGUCUCAUCUGACAUCAUUAUCUUUAUUUCUGUAUUCCCCUUUCCCUUCUUGACUCAGCAGGAGUGAAGCCGAGCCAUCGUCACUCUGCAGCAUUUAAAAUCCACACGCAGGAAGCCUGCAGGUUGUGCGUAGUACUUUGGAAAAUUACAUUCAGUAUUUGGCUGAUCUGCUUAUAUAAAGGUCUGAUUUGUGAAUGUGCAUUGGGGGAGGUGAGACCAUUGGGGGAGGUGAGACCGUUGGAGAUUAUUCAACCACCAAUUCAUUUUUUGGAAAGUAAUAUCUUUGAAACUAAGCAAAAUUAUAUAAUAGGUGAGAGACUUUCACAUAAAAAAAAAAGUGCAAUUUUCUUUUUCUUUUUAAACAAUGAAAACUUGUUACUUUUGAGCACUUUCAUAAAGAAAACGUACAGAAUAGCGAACCACCAACAGUGGUUUUAUCAUUUGUGGUUUAGAUACAAAUGGCUGGGAUGAUACAAAUACUUCUCAGAUCUUGGGUGACCAGCUGCUGAUUUCUCAAAGUUUUUGGACUUCAAUUCUGAUAUUUCAGGGAAGUCAGCUGUCAAUUAUAAAACAGUGAUGCCUAAGUAUGACGUACUAGGACGUAUAGAGAAUUGAUUUCCCUUGAUUCUCAAUCAUCUGUUAUUUUGGCUGAACAUCAUGGGAACUUUAGCUGCCAAAUUAAAAGGGACACUAUAUUCACCAAAACAACUUUAGCUUAAUAAAGCAGUUUUUGUGUAUAGAUCAUGUCAGUGAAGUUUCACUGCACAAUUCUUUGCCUUUCAAGAGUUAAAUCACCUUUGUUUCUGUUCAUGCAGCCCUAUACACCGCUCCCCUGGCUGUUACUGACAAAGCCUGUAUGAAAACAAAAUGGUUUCAUUUUCAAACAGAUGCAACUUACUUUGAAAGUUUGUAUCUCUUGGUUUGUAAAUUAAGCUUUAAUUACAUACAGGAGGAUCCUGCAGGGUCUAGCGAGCUAUUACAAGAGCAGAAAGAAACUAAAAAUUAAACAGAAUUUACAAUAAAGGAAGUCUAAACACUAGAUGACUCUUUACAGGAAGUGUUUAGAGAGGCUGUGUAAAUUACUUGCAUCGAGGUGUGACUAGGGCUGUAUAAACAGUGUGGUUUCACGUCUAAAUUGCAGAGAAUUGAGCAGUGAGACUGCAGGAGAAUUAUCUGUACAUCAAAACUGCUUUAUUAAGCUAAAGUUGUUUUGGUUACUUUAGUCACUACUAGAAUGUUUGAAGUCCAACAAUUGGAUAAAAGUAAAGUUAAGUAAGUUAAUUCACAAUUUGCAAAAGAAUUUAAAUGGAAUUGGUGUCGCAUUGAGUUUAUUUAACAUGCAUAAAACACACUAGAAAAACUAGUGUAUAUCUAUCUUCACAAUCAUAUUUUCCAUUCAUAUAUUUGGCAUUGAAGGCAUAUCCGUUAUAUUUUCGCAUGAGUAUAAGGAAACCCUAGUAGCAUUUGUAUUCUUUUUCAAGCUUGUAUUUAUAAUUAGAUGGUACAACCAAGGUAAGUUCAUGCUGCUAUUACUCUGUUAUGUUCUUUUAUACAUUGCAGUGUCAAUUUAUGUUUCAUCUGUUUUUAAACUUUGUUCGUGUGCAGUGUUCGUGAUUUUUGACUAUAAAUAGAUUUGAAAGCCAGAUUGCUGACAUUUAUCUGUUAAUUCUCUCAAUUUAGAUGAUCCUGAAGGUGAUUUUGUACCUCCAGAGUUUGAUUUAACGGGCAAUACCUUGGAGGUGAGUCGUGUGUCUCUCUGUCUACAUAUCUGUACAAAACCUGUUUGGAUGUAGUUCUAUGCUUAAAGGACCACUAAGGCCACCCAAACCACGUAUUCUCAAUGAACCGAGUUAAGCUCAGUCCUGGAAUCAAAUGGUGCUGAUAGCAGCAUGUGAUUGGCAGAGCGUGGUGUUUGGCUGCACAUGCCUGGUGCCAAUCCAAUGGAUUAGAGGCGAUUGGGGGUGUUGUCAGCUUGGAUGCUUACACCAGUGGAGGAGCUGGAGGCUGCAGCGGAGGAGUCUAUGGGCUACAAUCAAGGUAAGUAAUCUUUUUUGUACUUAAGUUUCACAGAGCAAAGGGUGGUGGACAGUGAUCACUUAUUAUUUUAACUAUAAGUUGCAUUUAACAGGAAACCUUAAUAAGAACUUUUAUAUAAAAAUCGUAGCAUCAACAUGGCCAGUUUAAAGUAAUCUCAUAAGGCAUUAAGGGGACAAUCUACUGCCCAAAUACAAAAUAAAAUUCACAGUUUAGUUUAUAUACCUUGAACUUGCAUGCAUUUAUUAAAGGGACACUAUAGGGUCAGUAAUACAAACAUGUAUUCCUGACCCUAUAGUGUUAAAACCACCAUCUAGUCCCCCUGGGCCCCUCAUGCCUCCCUCAUUAUGGCAAAAUCUUACUUGUAAAUAAGCCUGAAGCUGUAGCUCUGCAUGCUGUUUGCCUCAGAAUAGCAAGCCUGAUCCAAUCACAGUGCUUCUCCAUAGGAUUGUCUGAGACUGACAAGGAGGCAGAUCAGGGGCAGAGCCAGCACAAUUCAAAUACAGCCCUGGCCAAUCAGCAUCUCCUCAUAGAGAUUAAUUGAAUCUAUGAGGAAAGUUCAGUGUCUGCAUGCAGAAGGAGGAGACACUGAAUGUUUGGAUAGUGUCUCUUUAAGCAUUUUUUCAUUUGGGGUAUCUCCGAAAACAACUUACAAAAGUUGCAGUUUUCUUGUCUGCUGAUUUUGCAAGCCCUCCCCUUUUAACCCCGGUCAAUCACAAUCUUCCCAAUGCAGCUCAAUUAGAAGUCUUUUCAAGGCAGGUGCUCUGCGCAAUUGCUGCCUCUUGGGUCAAGUGCAAAUAAGCGAACCAAACCAUUUACUAACAUGAUCUGUCGUCUGCUUGAAAGCCAAGGUGGCAUAGACAGGUAAAUGUAUAAAAGUGUCAAUUUCUAUUGAAAUCUGCAGUAUUUCCAAAACUAAAAAAUAGGGCAUACUUUUCACACACAAAGCAAGCUAAAGUGUAUGGAGUGACUCCUUAAGUCCUGUUAUUCUGUGCUUGGUUUGUUGCACUGUGUAAGUAUUUUGAGGGCUAUGCUGUAUUUCUUCUAGAAAUGCUAAUAAGAUUUUUCACAUUCUCUCAGUAAUACUGUGGAAUACAGAAGCUGUGCAUCUUGUCCAUAGCGUGUGCUUUUAAUACUUACCAAUGUGCUAACGUACUUAUUUUGUUAAUGAUCCUUUUGUGGGUUUCUGAUAUCUGCUAAUUUGCCUAUUGUUUUACAAAGUUAAACUACCAAACAGUAAAAACCUGUAAAAUUAACACGUUGGGAAUAUGAAUUAUGUGCAGCUGGGAAUAUGCUCAUGCUAGAGGUCUGCCCUAAAUCAAAUGACCGUGUAACGCAAGGUACUCUGUAAUCAUAGAACAAUGGUUCACUCUGUGGCCUCCAGCAAUCUUCUGCGUAUAAUAAUCAUUCAGUAUCUCUGGACGUAACAGGCAAUGAAUGUCACGACUGCUAGAUUAGACUGACAGAGCAGUUGUCAGUUUUCACUGGUCUCAGGGACAAUCAGGACCUAUUGUUAUUAAACUACCAUUGGUGAAACCCCUAUUAUAGUAACAGCUACAAAAAAAGAGUUUGUCUUUACUAGUGUAUCUUCCACAUGAAUCAUUUUAUUUCUCUUGAGCCCACUAACAUGGAACUGAGUUGCCUCCAGCCAAGCAGGACAUCUCUAAUAAUCUGGCAGUUUCCUCACAUGGGAUCUACUUAACGCCGCUCUGUCAGGGUUUUUUUUUUUUUUUUUCCCUUCUUCUAUCCUUUCCUUGUAUCUUAAUGAUUACCCUCCCCUUUUUGCCUUUAUUUAUUAUCUUCUCUUUCUUGAGCUGGAUCUUAAUACCUGUGUGUUACUUUUUAUUGAUGGACUGUGGGUUAAUUAGCUCGGCAACUUAAAUGGAAUUUUACUAAAAGGGAAAUUAUAGUCACUAGAAUCACUACAGCUUAAUGUAGUGGUUCUGGUGUCUAUAGCAUGUCUCUGCAGGCUUUUUAAUGUAAACAAUGCCUUUUCUGAGAAAAGGCAGUGUUUACGUUGCUGGCUAGUAACACCUCUAGUGGCAGUCACUCAGACCAACACUAGAGGUGCUUCCUAGGUCAGUGCUGCACAUAAUUUGCAAGGAGAAGCUGAAUGUUCUCCAUCAAGAUUCAUGUAAAUGCAAAACCUGUAAAGUGAACAGAGCUGCUUUAUAUUAUUCAACAAAGUUACAAACAUAGCUAAAUGAAGUCUAGUUUCAGAAAAUGAUAUGAAAUUCACCGAUGGUAAUUUCUAAGCAAGUUGCUCCAAAAAAUGUUUUUCACCUUUUUAUAUAUACAUUUUAUAUAGUGUGUAGAUAGUGAUGACUUGUUUAUUGGGGGCAAUAAUGCUGUUGAAUGUUUCUAGAUACAAUCGAAUAAACCAUGAGAACGAAUAUUGUGUGGUUUUCAAACCCCAAGAUGGCUUUAAAUCCCCCUAAUAUAUGCUCCAGAGUUUCUCCUUGCUUUUCAGUUUUAUGUUAAGUUGUGUUUUUAUGCAUAAAUCAUUUUUUGCUUUUAAUAGCACUGGGACUUAGAUUUCAUGGGCUAUUUGAGAUUGGUGGGGUUACAUGCUUAGGCAAUAGCUUCUAUGUCCAGCUUCUGUCCUUAAUUCUUUGGCACAGGAUGCCCCUGUAUUGAACAGUGUAAGUUACACCAUGCCAUACUCUUUAUUGCAUUGUGUGAUGUGUCUAUAUAUUACACUAUGAGUCCUACGGUUAAAAUAAAUACUGUUAAAUGUUACAGGCUAGCCUCGUCACAGAGAAAAGCAAUACAUUCCUAGUUCCGCAUUAGUGAUAUUAAUAUUGUCCAUCUUUGGACAGAAUUCAAUGGCUAAAAGAGUCAGUUGUGAAAUGUAUUUCCCAGAGCUGUCCUGAUAAUGCAGAUCCUCCUGCAUUGAACUGAGAAUAAUAUUAGGAUGAUGUCACCCACCGUUCAGUAAAGGAUUUGAAAUUUAAAUCAAAUAACUGUUAAAUCAUAAUGUGUUCAGAUGCGUAGAAAGAUUUUCUGAAAAUGUUUUUAAGUAAGAUUGUUGCAUUUUUCUUUUUAUAAAGCCUCUUCAAUUGGACAUGUUUUAUGUUGUCUUGACAGUGUUAUUUAUGCAUAGCAUUUACUGUUAGAUAAAUAUAUUGGAGCGUUACAAAAACAUUUUCCAAGUGCGAUGCCUAUUGUUCUAUAGAAUAGAAGUGCUCCCACUCACAGCACUUUCUUAACCCCUUAAGGACACAACUUCUAUAAUAAAAGGGAAUCAUGACGGAAUAUUUCCGUCAUGUGUCUUCAAGGAGUUAAUCAUAACGCACGGACUAUAGACGUUGCAAUAAGUUUUGGUCCUCCCCCGCUCAUACACAAUACAAUGAAAGAUACAUUACUGUACAGUACGCAUAAAAAAAAGUAACUACCUACUGCGGGUGGGCAGUUAUAUGUCACGCUAUAUGUUAUUCAGAUCAAUAAGGUGCCUCCUUUCUCUAAGAAAAAAAACUCUUCACUAGGAUAAUGUUAGGAUAAUGUUUAUUUACAGAACGGUAUUCACUCGCUCAGUAUGUUUGUUGCAUUCCAUUUCUAAUUGUUUCAAAUAUCAAUAAAUGCUACAUUUCACAUGUCUUUAAACAAAAAAUAUUGCACUGAUCCCACUUUGUUACAUUUUGAGCUUUAUAUAUUUGUCUUUUCAAAAAAACAAAAACGGUACAGAAUAAAGAUCACAGUCAGAUCACAACAAUACAUUAUAAGCGUUAUUAAAAACAAUAUUUUGUGAGCUACAUAAGAAAUGAAAGCUCUUUAUCAGUGCUUACGCAUAGCAGAUCACCCAUCCUGAAUUAAAUGGCAUAUUCUUCUCCUGCUGUUUUACCAAGUGUGCUACAGAGCAGUCGUGCUCUCUCAUCCCUUUCAAAUUAAGUGGCGUAACAAUGCUUCUCAUUAGUAUUGUAAUAUUCUGUUAGACCUCGAUUGCAAAUUCCAUAAAUACAUUUCCUGUGAGGAAUGGACCUCUGUGGAUUGUGUGCUGUUUUAUUUAUUUUUUAAGAAUGUAGUUGUGAUCACUUUAUAUGAAUGCACGUGGUUGUCAGAUUUGUGUAGAAUAUGCCAACACAUCUACAGGCAACUUUGAAUUUAUUGAAAGCAAUGAAUAUCUAUGUAAAGUUACGCACCAGCAAAUUUUUUGUUAAAGCAUUUACCAUCCACUGCACUUCCGCCUUCCUGUGGGAAUUGCUAGAGUUUAACUCAUUUAUAUACUUUCCAUUGAUAACCUGCAGAUAUUUGUUUUGCAUUUGUUUUUUGUUUUUUUUGUUUUUUUUUUUGCAAUAUAGUUUGAUUGGAUCUUUGUCAGUAUUAGUCAAACACUGAGUUAAAACCUUUUUUCACCUCUUGCUUUAUGUUUUAUCUAUAAGACAUGUUUCAGACUGCCCAUGUUUAAUUAUGUGACAUUCUUGUUAAUGCGUUCCAGCACAUUGAUAAAUUAUUAUUCAAAACACAGGCACAUAUAUAUUCACUGGGGGCCACUUUGAAAGCAGCAAUCGAAUUUGUGAUUGAACCAGAAGUCGAGACCGAAAUGUGUCAAGAUCUGCAGACUUUGCUGGAUCUCAUGCAACAGGAAACCCCAGCAGACAGACCAGAUAUCGAGGUAAGAUCCCUUGGAACUUUUUUGUGAACUGCGCAUAUUUCAAAAAAAAAUUGUAUACCACCUAGUGUAGCAAUUAGUCCUUAAGGGAUGGAUAAGAUAGUCAGUUGUGUCUUUGCUCAGUUAAUUUAGUCCUUGACAAAUAAAGGCAGUGUUUCCAAAACAAAUGUUUAAUAAAUAAGUUCUAAAACUGAUUUAGUUGAAUUUAUAUUUCAAAUUAAAUUGUACAGUUGGUUAUGACAUGAACUGUAGUAUAGGUUCAAACUUAGGGUCAUUUUAGCCUUUCACUUUUAUGUGAUCGAUCAAACUAGUAUCAGUUAGGUAACAUCUGUAUGGCUGUAAGUGAGAGCAAAUCUCAACGCAUGCCUCUUGGUUAAAUAUAGAUUUCUUUUUAUAAGUAUCUCUUUACAGCUCUAAAAAUAAAAAUUUUAAGCUUGGAGAAUAUUUAGCUUGGUGAACUUAAUGAAUAUUUUAUUUAUUUAUUCUAUUCUGUUCUACACUCACGUUAACCUUACAAAUACAUGUUUCCUCCAUGCAGAGCAUUAUAUCACUAUGUGAAAAUAAACUGAACUCUCCUUCGUCCUCAAUGAUCUGUCGAAAUCUCUCAUCCAUCGGGAGAAGAGUGCUUUCUAUUGAGUCUGUCAGUGCUCUCCAAGGUAAAUAAUCUGUGCAGCCUUAAAUGGACUCCCCACUGCCCAAAUAAAAAAUAAAAAAAAACUCUAAUUGGUAGUUAUACCCCCCAUGAAAAGCAUGCAUGUAUAUAAUUCUGCAUUUCAUUGGUAGUAUACCUAAAACAGCUUGCAAAAACUGCAACUCUCUUGUCUGCAGCCUUUGCAAAUCAUCCCCUUCUUUUCCAGUCCAGACUUUCUGUGGCUGUCCAAUCACAGACUGCUCAAUGCAGCUCAAGUAUUUGCAAGUUAUGAGCUCUGGGCAAUUGCUGCCUCUUGAGUUAAGCUCCACUGAGCAAACCAAGAAGGAAGUAACAGAACCGGUUGUCUGAUUCACAGCCAGGGGGGUGUAACAUGGUUCACGUUUGAAAGUGCCAAUUUUCAUUGAAAUCUACACUUUUUUUCUUUAAGGAAAAACAGAGGACACAGUCUUAAUUCAUAAAUCACUUGGCAAGCUAAAGUGUCUAUGGUAUUUGGGGUGUUCAUUUAAAGCACAUACAGUCUGCAAAUUAAAUUACAUUAGCCCCAGAAUGUUGGAAAGUUGAGUUUUUAAGAAGUUACUUGUACAAGAAAGAGAAGGCAAAGAACACAAAACAAUUGCUGAUACUUCACUAUACAUUGCAACAAUACAUUACAGUAAAUGCAAUGUGUGGGAGAAAAUAUUUUCAUUCCCUAAUACACAAAUUACAAGAAAACUUUUCUGUGUAUAUUUGAGUUAGUCUGACAAGUACCAGUUUUUUAUUGUAUUUUUUAGCUUAAAAAUGCAAAGUCUCUCCCUUGUACAUAACCUUCUUUAUAUACUAGAAUUCUUAAAUCAUUGUAGCCAUCAUUUUAGUAUCGAUUAUCUGUAAUGUUUCACAAACAUGUUUUAACAUCUGUUCACAUGUGUGUCACUGACACGAUUAUUAACUAAAGAGAGGUGAAUUCAAAGUAAAUUUCACAUUUAAUGUCGAAAUAGCCAAACCCGAAUAACUUUCUAAGUCAGCUAUGCUUUUCGUUUACAUACUUUGGCCUUAAAUUGUAAAUUCACUUUGAAUUCUCACUUAAGUAAAUAACUAUUUUAAUGCCCAAUUUAUUAGUAGUGUUUUAGGUGUGUUAAUAUAAACUUUUAACAAAGUAAUGAGUGGUGUGCAAGUAUAUUUCAAGAAGAUACACACAAAAUACAAUAUACUUUUUUUUUUUUUUAAAUAGUCCUUAGGGCAGCUACAAUGAUUAUAUUCUGUGAGGAAAUCGUAUUGAUGACUACUAUGAAGGUAGUCACCAUCACUGGCAGAAGGACACUUUACAAUGGUUCCUAAAUGGCUCCUAUGAUACAUGAUACAUAGGAGCUAUUUAGGAACCAUUGUAGAGUCUACUAUGGCUCAUAGGAGCCUUAGGAACCAUUGUGAAGUGGCUUAUGGCUCAUAGGAGCCAUUUAGGAACCAUUGUAAAAUCUCCUAUGGCUCAUAGGAGCCGUUGUAAAGUGUCCUUCUGCUCCCAGUGAUGGUGACUACUGUCACACUAUCAAACUAUAAAACAUAGAUAUUACAACACAUAUCAACCUCUAAAUACAUUCUGUGGAUUUAAAAUACACUUGGUUUCCACCACUAAGCCAGUAAGCAUUGUUGUUUAAUUUUAAUUUGUGUAAUAAAGGGGUAUUAUGCUACACGUUUUUAUUUUAUUUUUUUUCUCUUCCUGUGAUUCGAAGGAUAUUCACAUGGUUUAUAAUCUCUGAAGUUGCAUAGCUCCCCUAAGAAAGUAAUGUAAAGCUUCCUAAUUUAAGUUUUUGUUAUCACCUUGUUUAAAGAGGACAAGUACUUGCGCACCUCCUACUAUGGAAGUGUGUCCACAAGAGAGGUGGUAAUACUACAAAAUGUGAGAAAGUAAAGAGGUGUGAAAGGUUAUGGAGACCUUGUAUAAUCUCUGCAUAACUCUUAUUUUCUUGGUAUAGAUGGCUUGGAAAACCUAUGGAAAGGGAUAGACAAAAUGGACCGGGGAAUGAAGCUACAAGCAGGUGAAAAUGUUCCAGUUCACACAAUGACAGUUAUAGAUAAUCCCGCAUGUAGCCGCUACCCAGACAUCUGUCACAACAUCCUUACGUCACAGGAGAUCGAAAAUAAAAAUUGGUGGAGAGAACCCGAUAUUAGAGUGGAAAAACCAUAUACAAAGCCAUGUUUACCGUUAGUAAAUCAUGUAAAAAAAAAUAAAGGCGACAGAGCACAACUGCUUUGUUGGGAAAAAUAUGAGAAUUGUGAGAAAGGAAAACUGGAGGAUGAAAUGUCAAGACUUUCUUUAAAGAAACAUCGUAGAAAUAAAACACAGCCUGGUGCUAGUAUGUCAGACAAACGUUCUUUUUCUCCCUCUCCACCACUUGUUGGAAAAACUAGUCUUAAAAGCUGGCCGUCAAUGCCUAGCUGCCUUUCCCCAAAUGAAGAUGUCGAGAAUGAGGAAAGUCUGGAUUGCCGAGAUAAGCCAAAAAAUAUAUGUUUUGUGGAUUCAAAGACCUCAAAUGACACCAUGUUUUCAAAUAUUUCUAUGCCAAAACCUAAAAACUGUAACUCUCCCCUAGGGCUGUCCGAGUUCCAUUCCCAAGUUUCCUAUGAAAAUUUAGUUGCUGCUCUUGCAGAAGAAAACCAGCAUUCCCAAAAUAUAGAUGAGCCAAUGACUUUAGGGAACAAUCUCACUUUGGAUGAAAGUAUUCCGCAUCCCAUCAGGCAUAAUGGAAGUAAACACGUUAGCAUACAUGAAAGACUUAAUCCAGUGCCGGAUCAUAGUAGUGAUAAUGCAGUUGUUUCUAGAUUAAAUAACUCUCCUGAACAAUGUUUUGAUAUAGAAGAAGAAAAUGAAGAGCAGGAGGUAAAAAAAAAAAAUCAGAGAUGGUAUUAUUUUUAUUUUUUUUACUUUUUGUUUUUUUUUUGUUAAAUGCAGUUUUGCAUUAUGUAGCGUGGUAUGAUAAUCUGUGUUGAUAUUUAUUUAUUGUUCACAGAUGAGUUGACCACUUUGGUCCUCUUCAGGGAUGUUAUAUUGUAGAGUUUACAGUGAAUUACAAUGAAAAGAGCCUAAAAAUGAAAUGUAGGAUAUUUCUGGUUAACUAUUGCAAUUUUUACAGUUCAGUUUAGGGAAUGUUUUUAUUUUGUCCAUAAUCUGUGCAAUAUGAUAUAGAAAUGAUCAGAUAAGGAUAAGAGACAUACUAGUCUUAUACCUGCUUCCUCCUCUCUGUGUCGGUCCUAUCAGAUGAAUCUGUCCAAUGCCGAUUACAACAUUGUGGGUGAGAAGAAACCUGUGUGUGUAUGUAUAUGUAUGUAGAUUUCUAUGUAAUUCUUUUGAUAAUGAAGUUGGCAAUUAAAGGGAAACUAGUGCUAGGAAAACAAAGUGCAGCACUGCCUCAGGAAGCACCUCCAGUGGCCAUCUGAGAAGUGACCACUGGUGGUUUUCCUAGGGGGCAAUGUAAACACUGCCUUUUCUCUGAAAGACAGUGUUUACAUUAAAAUGACUGCAGGGGAAUGAUAAUACUCACCAGAACAACUACUAUAAGCUGUAGUUGUUCUGGUGACUAUAGUGUUCCCUUUAAGUCUGGGAAUUUUGUAGAUAAAUAACUUGGAACAUUUUUCCAACAGUAUUAAAUUGAGAAAUAUCAGAAAAGCUAACAUUCACCAAUGGUAAAUGAGCUAUAUUUCAUCCUAUGUGAAUUCACUAUAAAAUCAUCACACAAUGCAUAUAUGUUGCAUUACACAACGCUGCAAAUUUGAUAACCUUUUUUUUUGUUCUUUUAAGUGGAUUUCAUUGAAAGACCUUCUGUUACGCUAUGGACAACCAUUAAAAGAAGAGGAACUAUGGGCAUUAUGCCACGAGUGCUUAUGUACUCUUCAAACGUACAUAGAUUGUCCAGGUAAGUUAGGCCUUCUCAUAUUAUAUUGUGUUUAUAAAUAAAAUCAAGAUGGGUAUAUUUUAAAGCUGGUAAGAAAUUAAUUGGCAACAUUUCAGAAUUAUUGUAAUGAAUGUAUGGGCAAAUACACAAACCAAAUGCAUGGGGAUGGAGAACAAAUUAAUGAGAGGGAAAGGGAGUAUUAUGAUGAAAAAAGAGAAAAAAGAUAAAAUGUAAGGGCAUAGUUAGAGCUGAAAUGGUUGGAAAGCUGGGGUUGAGUGCGCAAUGAAGAUGAAGCGAGGGUAGGAAAUUGACUUUUUGUUCCUGAAACUGUUGCUGAAUGAGGUAUGGAUUUUGUUUUCCCCAAAACACAAGCCUUUUGGCAGGAUUGAUCUGAAAAUUAAGACUUUUUAUAUUUAUUUUUUUACAUCAACCAAUUAAAGGGACACUAUGGAAGAAUCUUCCUUUUGGUGAUAAAGUUUUACUAAAGCCUCUGUGACUGUGAAUUAUUAAAAAUAGAAAUGCCCAGUUUUGCAAAUCAUUGUUGAAGCUAUCGAAUUAAAGGAUGGAAAGUAUAAGAUCUAAACGGCUGUCAUCACAUCCAUAGAAAGACCCCUUUAUUACUUGCUUGCUCAGCAGAAUGGUGACAGAGGUUGUUUGUAUAAAGUACACAAAAGAUCCUUCUUGCUACAAAAAAAAAAAAAUAGUGCCAGACAAAAAGAAGCAAAUUAAUUUUUACGUAAUCGCAUGCACACAGAAAAUCGUUUUAGUGCUAGUUGUGAGAAAUGCAUUGUAUUGGACUUGGCAGAACCACUGUGUUUUAUUGUGUGAAAUCUGAAGCUGAAAUCUCCACUACUAGACUGUAACAUGAAAUAAUCCUCUUUGCCACUCCAUCUGCAAAUUUAAACGAGCCCCCCCCCCCCCGCCAAAUUUUUUUUCCUAUUAACUUAAUGUUAAAAUGGUCCUCCCACUCAUCCUGCUUGCAUUGAGUUUUGAGUUAAAGGAGACCAGCUUAUUCCAUGACUUUUACUAUUGUGUUCCCUUAGCCACUGUAUGUGAAAUAAUAUGUUUGUGCGAUCUGAAAAUUACAAUUGAAUAAAGUUCUCCAUACCUCUGUAUGUUACUCUGCCCUUUUACUGAGCUCCUUCAUCUUGGCUCCUAUUGUUAUAAGUUCUACUCUCCACACCUUUCAGACAGCAUAGAGAAGGGAUGAUAAACCAAAACAGCGUCCCAGUUUCUCCUCCUUCAUUGCACCAUGUGCCCUUGCUGUGCUGAGCAUAACUGGACUGUGAUGCUAAUUGCUAAAUUUGUAAUAUGACUAAAAGAAAAUAGAACAUCCCACUGGGAAAAAAAGUUAACAGAUGUUAUAGGAGAUUUUCCGUGAUUUUUACAAUUUGGUAAUUUCCAGAGAAGUAAUCACCCCCUUUAAUAUGUGAUGGGUGGAACUGCUGUUCAGCGAAUCUGUAAAUUAUUGGUGUAGAAAUCAAAUGACGAGAUCUAAACUCUUUAUUUUUCCUGCCAUCUCUAAUACAGCCAUCCCCAAUUCUAACUAACCUCCGCGCCCUCUUUUAUCACUGUUUUAGGGAAAGUGCUCCCAAGCUUCACCAACUGAAUAAGGAAGGUACAUGCGAAGUGUAAUACACUCAAAACCAUCACGAUGGCCGUGUUCUCAGCACUGGACAUUAACUACAUUUAACCGAAUAUCUCUUUAAAGGACCACUAUAGGCACCCAGACCACUUCAGCUCAAUGAAGUGGUCUGGGUGCCAGGUCCAUCUAGGGUUAACCCUGCAGCUGUAAACAUAUGUUUACAAUAGGGUUAAUCCAGCCUCUAGUGGCUGUCUCGUUGGUGCUUCAGCAAUUCUCACUGUGAUUUUUCACAGUGAGAAGAUGCCAGCAUCCAUAGGAAAGCAUUGAGAAUGCUUUCCUAUGGACUGAAUGUGCGCGUGGCUCUUGUCGCGCAUGCGCAUUCGGCGGAAGAGGGAGGAGAGUCCCCAGUGCCAAGGGAGCCUGACGCUGGAGAAAAGUAAGACUUUAACCACUUCCUCCCUCUAGAGCCUGGUGGGAGAGGGGCCAUGAGGGUGGAGGGGACCUAUUAACACUGUAGUGCCAGGAAAACCAGUUUGUUUUCUUGGCACUAUAGUGGUCCUUUAAGCCAUGAGAACUAUCAUAAACAAUUAUGAUCGAUGAUAUGUUAUGUCUAAUGAAGUGUUAAGUCUUUGUCUUAACAUGUUUAUUUUAAUAAUCAAUUUUAGCCAACAUUUGCAGAUUUUAUUUCAUUAUUUUGUUUUAUUUUUAUUUUUUAUGCAAUCUUUGGGAAGUUUUAUCAAAGUUGACUUUUCCAAUUACUUUAACCCACAAAUCAUAUUCAGCUACAGUCCCAGUGCAUAGGCACCCUAAGGUAUACUUCAACCCCACUUUGUUACGUUUAAAGUUUAAACUAUUAUAUAAUAUAAUGCAUUCAAAUGUUUUCAUAUGUCAAACUUGUCAAAAAACUGAAAAGUUUUUCUUUUGUUUUAUUCAGCAAUUUUAUGUCUCGAAUCUGUCCUGAUUGAUCACAGAGGAGAAGUCCUCUUUGUCCCUCACCUGAAUGAAGGUAAGGCCAGUCCUAUAUAUCUUGUGGUAUUUGCAUGUUUCAAGGCCCAAUAAUUUACUCUGUUAUUUAGGUGGUCACUUAUACUUUAUAGCUUAAUUGAAAAUUUUUGUAUCCCACUCAUGUUUCAGGAUAAAUUGAAAAUAACAAUGAAAGCUAGACAUAAGCUGCUUAUUUUCCCCUUCCUUUUAUCUUUCA